AUGCUCAAGGUCAGCGCCUCCGAGAUGAAGUACAUCGUCGAGGGCAUCGCGGCUGACGUCCGCGCCGACGGCCGUGACCGUCUCUCCUACCGCAGUCUUUCACUCGAGACGUCGCUGCUGGCGCAGUCCAACGGCUCGGCCCGCGUCUCUCUCGAAGCUUCCGGUACCGACGUCUUGGCCUCCGUCAAGUUGGAAGUGACGUCCCCCGCCCCUGAAGCCCCGAGCGCUGGCGUCUUCCAAGUCGCGGUCUCCUGCUGUCCCUCCGUGUCUGCGAAACUCUAUGGCCGCGCCGUCGAGGAGAUGAACGUGGAGCUGUCGCAGCUCAUGACGCGCCUCUUGUGCUCGCGCCCUCGCGCGGAGCUCGAGAAGUACUGCAUCGUUCCAGGAGAGAGUGUGUGGGCCAUUCACAUUGACGUGAUGGUCUUCGAGUCCAGCGGCAACUUGCCGGACGUCAUUUCCAUGGCCAUUUACGCCGCUCUUAAUGACACGGUGUUCCCCUCCGUGCGUCUCGUGGGCGUCGAGGGCGAGAACAAGGCGAUUGAGGUGGAGACGGACCCUGCAGCUGGGAAGCUCAUGAGGGCAGAACAGUGGCCCAUUUGCGUGACACUGAGCAAGAUUGGCGACUGUUUUGUCACGGAUCCGCUGCAGGAGGAAGAGCUGUGCACGACGGCCCAGAUGAGUGUCGCAGUGGAUCCAGAGGGGAGUGUCUGCGGUGUCCAAAAGAGCGGCACGGGCUCCAUUGAGAUAGAAGAGAUGCAACAGAUGAUUGACGAGGCGUGUGCACGAUCGAAGGAGUUGUUCAAGCUGCUGCAAGAGGCUCUUUCCAAACAGCGAGAUAGCGACGCUCGGGCUGGACGCAGGGUGGAACGUCUUGGGUUUCUGGGAUAA